UUUGCCGUUUGGAUAUUGUUGUCCAUUCGUCAGGAGGUCUUUAGUGCAAUCGACGGACUUACAACUGAACAAUCCACGCCAUUAGAAACGUGUUAUUACUAUACGGCCGUCAAGAGCCAUCAUUUAGAGACCUUAGGACCCAAUCCAGAAUCUCCCGCCUUCCCAUUUCUCUUCCUUUCCUUACUCUCCGUGGAUCUCAACCCGUCAUGGCGCGUCGAAGUUACGGUCCGUCGCUCCUGUUCAUAGUCGUGGCGCUAGUUCUACUAGACACUCUUGGGUGCGCUGAAGGGGGUAUAACGAUGCGAUGGUCCAAGAAGUUCAAAGCCGCUCGAGUGAAGCUCCCUCCUGCGAAGCUAUUCCCGAGGACGGACAAGAAGAACCGGCUCGCGCGCGCCACCAAGCGGUACGAGGGCCAGGCGGCAGGCCCGGAGAGCAUCGCGUGGGACCCUAACGGAAAGGGGCCCUACGUGAGCUUCAGCGACGGGCGAAUCAUGCGACGCAAGGACGACGACAGUGGCUGGGAGGAGUUCACGUACGCGUCGCCGCUGCGAACUGCGGCGCAAUGCGACUCCACGAAAACCAACCCGAAGCUGGAAACCACCUGCGGGCGACCGCUCGGCCUGGCGUUCCACCCUACUACCGGGGACCUCUAUUUCGCGGAUGGGUAUUUCGGACUGCAUAAAGUCAGCUCCGCGGGAGGCCAGGCGACGAAGCUCGUAGACGAACUCGACGGGAGGAAAUUUAUGAUGACGAACGACCUAGAUAUUGACGUGGACGCGAACGUCGUGUAUUUCACGGACGGCAGCUCGCGAUGGUACCGGCGGGAUUUCCUGCCGUUGACGCUGGAGGGGCGACGCGACGGACGGUUCAUGAAGUACGACAUCGCGAGCGGCGAAACGACCGUGAUUGACGGCAAGCUGGGGUUCGCUAACGGCGUGGCGAUCUCGCAGGACAAGACGUUCGUCGUGUACUGCGAGACCACCUACCUCAGGUGCCACCGGUACUGGAUUCGAGGGCCCAAGACCGGACAGAAGGAGGUGUUUGUGAAUCUACCCGGGUACCCGGACAACCUCAGCCUCAACCCCAGGGGAAGGUUCUGGAUCGCACUCAACUCCAGGCGCUCCCCCACAGCAACUAUUGCAUCUCAAACCCCGUUUCUCCGGGAGCAGUUUGUGGAGAACAAGAUUGGUUACAAGAUUGUUUCAGCAACGCAGGAGCAGAGGGCUAGCGGCAUUGUGGUGGAGGUGGAUGAGAAUGGUAAGAUUACCAACCUGCUCGAGGAUACGAAGGGGAAGGUGGUGAAGGAUGUGAGUGAAAUAGUGGAGCACGACGGGAAGCUGUGGAUGGGGUCAGUUAUUGAGAACUACAUAGCUACCCUCAAAUGGCCGUAGUGAUUCUCCAUCGACUUGAAUAGGAAAAGCUUGGAAGUGUGACACUUGGGAACCCAAGUGUUAUGAAAUAUAACUCAGAGUAUAGUGCAGAAUACUGUAGGUUGACUACAAAUCCUGUCAAUACAAAUGAGUCCUAGGGCUUAUAUAGUGCUAGUUGAUCAGAUUGAAACUCGAGAGUUGGACCUGCCAAGGGCUCGAUAGUCCCGAGGGUGACAGGGUCAACUUGGGUUCGGGAUGCCUCGUUAAUACAUUCGGGGCCGAUUAGCUCAGCGAGGGUGGUUUGAUGUGAGAUUUGAGGGCCGAGGCUGCGAACGUGCACUGUUCACGGUCCUCGCUGUGGCCAAACCCGGUAAGGAUUCGUGGAAUCCUUACACCGAGCAGUACUAAUACAAUUGCACAUAUUAG